UCGCCAUUACGCUUCAACAUGGAGUGCAUGCAUGCGCCGUGGAUUGGUUGUGAAUGCAUCAAAAGAUGCAGGCAUCGAAAGCAGAGCAGAGAGGCCGUCAUCAUUUCCCUGUCGACAAGCCUGUUUCUUCCAACCCGUCCAGUCUGCCUCUCGCCUUCGUGUACGCACGUAGAGUACGUGUGUGCGUAUGUGGCUUCGUCCCGUCUGGACGACGCUGACAGCAGUCUGGACUCUGAUUUGGAAGCAUCCAAACAUUCGUCCAUGUUCCUUUCGAAGACACCAGUUGACCGAAACACACUCGUCUGCCCAUCACGUGCGAAAUCCAUUCCUGUCGCCUCGUGAAUCGCCUUGACUCGUCUCGCCUGCAGUUGCCCAUCCCCCCUGUCUCCCCGUGGUUGGCGUUUGAUGUUUUGUUUGUUGCUGUUGUUGGCGUCACACCUUCCUGGAGAGCUUGUCUCGCCUUCGCCGUCACCAUCACGUGCUGCCUCGCCAAGCCCCGCGGAGCAUAACGCCGAAACCUCCGACAAUUGAUGCGUCGCCCGCCAACCAAUCUAGACUCGCGAGCUUGAGCCUCACUGCACUACCAGCAACCGCCUCGACGACGAGACAGCCACAACAAUCUCGCCGCUCCAUGCAAGCAUGCCGCCACUCAUCAAGGACGUUGUCAAAUUCAGCGACUUCGUAGUCACCGGCCAUGUCUUCCACACUUCACCACUGUCCUUCGCAUUCGUGAAUCUGAAGCCGCUGCUCCCAGGCCAUGUGCUCGUCUCACCCCACCGCAUCGUCCCCAGAUUCACAAACUUGUCCACUGCCGAGGUCCAGGAUCUCUUCCUCACCGUCCAGCGUGUCUCCCGCACUAUUGAGCGCGUCUACCACGCUUCCGCGCUCAAUAUCGCUAUCCAGGAUGGUCGCGACUCGGGGCAGAGCGUGGCCCACGUUCAUGUUCACAUUAUCCCGAGAAAGAAGGACGAUUUGCCAGAGGACGCCAUCUACCCCAUGUUGGAUAGCGAGGAUGGCGAUGUGGUGAGCUUGCUGAGGGAGCGGAAGCUGGCGGAUGAGAAGAAGCAGAAGACUGAGUUCCCGCCCGAUGAUGAUCGGAAACCGAGGAGUGAGGAAGUGAUGCAGAAGGAGGCGAAAUGGUUGGCUGAGGAAAUCGAUAAGGAUUUGGAAUCGUAGCGUCCCUCUGCUCUCAACCAAGUUUCGUGAAUGUCAACGCCAGAUGCACAAUUCUGUUACCCUCGAGUCCUACAUGCUGUUGAUUUUUCCGUGUUUCUCGAAAACUGUUUACGAUUCCGCCGUGAGAUCAAAGUAAAUUGUUUUUUUUUCCUGCCCUCAAUCCCAUAUACCACCCUCCAAAAACCCAACAUUAUUUUAUCCAACACAUUAAUCCAUCCGCCUUCCGCAUUGCAGCCCUCCAUAAACAAUAAUGCUAAGCCUUUCCCGCAUCCCCGCAUCCUUCCCCAUGAACAACCUCGUUCAAGAUGCGUUCCAUGUCACCGCGUUUCACAUUACGCGUUUGAAAUCCCCCUUCCACCUCCUCAAAACACCGUCCGCCAUCAUACAACCACCAUCUCGACCCUGGCACCCCCUGCGAAACAUAAUCAGACGGGAGAGUUAAUGAUCUUGUACAUCAGUAGGGAGAAUCUACUAUGUAGGUUGCUUGGAGAAUUCUUAUGCGAUCAAGGGUAUGCGUAACAAUCAGCGAGAUCCGAUGUUAACGCAAGUCCCUCGACUACCCAGCGCUCUGCCUUAUCUUCUCACUCGUAUGUGCUCAAUCCAGCAAGCAAAUCGCACUGCCCUCAACAAGGUGGUGGAUGCAAUGUUGCAGCAGCGGUGUGUGCUGAUCUCACUCUUACAGUUGAUGUACCACAGCGCGCUAUUAUCCCCACUCGGGACGAAAAGAUUUGACGGUUUACGUGGAGUGAGACACUGCUUACGUUCGCCUUCUCGAAUGUCGAGAUUUGGGGGGGUGUUGUUUGGCUGGUGGCUUUGCGGUGUGUAUUACACCAGAUGUAGUGCUUGCUCGGGUUUUUCCCCAUGGGGUAUUGUUUACGAAUUACCGCUGCUGAGGUCAUGCU